CGCGCACGUGUCGUGCUUAACAACUACGCGGUGGCACUUAUUAAGUUAGAGCGCUUCGGAGAAGGCAAGACAUUGUUGCGCAAAACGAUGCCCGUGGCGCGACGCGUUCUCGGCGAGAGCAAUGAUCUCACGCUCAAGCUGCAGUCGAUCUACGCGGCGGCACUCUACAGGGACCCCGACGCCACGCUCGACGAAGUCCGCGAGGCCGUGACGACGCUCGAGGACGCGGAUCAGAUCGCGCGGCGCGUGCUCGGUGGCGCCCACCCGCUCACAUCGCAGACUGAGCAGCAUUUGCGAAAGUCGCGCGCCGCGCUCGCCGCCCGCGAAACGCCGCCGCCGACUUAG